CUCAGCGAGCGUUUAGCAUGCAACCUUUAAUAGUCAGCUACCCGACGGAUGUCUGCGUGACCAGCUACUGCACCGAACAGAACACCAAAACCACUUCCUUUUCUUAUUAUAGUACAAAUGGAGAAGUAAGAACAAGACAGCCGAAUGAGUGUACCACUGAUUUAGAUUACCGUCAUUCGACAUUGCCAGUCGUUCGUUCAUCUCACUUCUUCUACUCGCAGCAUAUUGUGUCCAUAUUUAGUUAUACGAAACCUUAUUCUUCUUGGAACUAAAUCAAGAUCUCCAACAAUAUACCAACAUGAAUGGCCUCCUCUUCCUGUUGUGCUGCGUAGAAAUCCUGGCUGCGCUAUUGUGUGGAGCUGCUGCCAAUGUUCUGAGCAGUCAAAAUAAUGCCACAAGCGCACAGGAAGACCAUUCAAAUGAAGACUCCCAUAUUUUCCAUGCACCAUCCAAAACCAAUCCCGCCCUUGAUCCCAGCAGCAUGUCUGCCACUCUGUCACCUCCAACAGUCUCCCAGACCUCCAAAAGUCACAGCACUUCACGUUCACCUGGCCCACAGCCCACCACCACUUCCACUUCCACCACUAUCGAUAUGUGUUACAGGAAGGAAUGUCUUACAGUGUUCCUGGUGGCCGGCGGACUGAUCAUAGCCUGCACUAUCCUGCUGCUUUCUACUCUGUUGCUGAUGUGUAAGGUGUGCCAGUUGAGCAACCGCGUCAAGAUGCUAAGCGUCAACGGCGACCUGAUCAGCACCUCUGAAUACUGGAUUGGAACCGCCAAGAAGAGCAAAAGCGCGCCGGAGACGGAAGCCAAAGAGACCACCGUGUUAAUGACUGACAUCAUCCUAGGGCAGGAGGACAUGGGAAAUGGUGCCGCCGAGGAAGAGGCAGUGAAGGUAAAAGAGGACGGACAAACAGGAGAGGAGGACAAGAAGGAGGUGGGAGACACUGCUAAGAGCGAGGAAGCCACUUCUUCCCAGUCCUUCAAAGCCGGAGCAGCCCCCUCCUCUAAGGGCACCGAGGGACCAAAGGAGGAGGUGUAGAGCUGUGCGUGUGUGCCGAAGAAUUUCCUGAGCACCUGGCUUAACUUCCCUCUUUACAACCCCUUUAUGGUAAAUAAAGGACACUUUCUUUUCAGCAGCUUUUGCAUUACAGUGAGUUGAACAGCUGCGUGUGCUGCCAAAGCUGUCAAACUGGCCACUGAGGCAUUUUUUGGUUAAAAACAAUCGGUUGAUACUGUAUUUCUCUGUUAUUUGUGUUUUUUUUAAAUAUUGAAACAUAUUAUUAUUAUACAGUUUUGUUCAAGUCAAUUUGUGUCUCACACAUAUUACUUUUUGAGACGUACAUGUUUGACAUAUGAUAUAUGCAACAACCAGAGGAAUAAAACACCUGUAACCUCA